AAAAGUAAAGUAAGGGAGUGUCUAACAGAAAUUCCACUUCACUUGAUAGCAAGCCAAGUGGAGAAGCUCGCGCUCUCUCUCUCAUCUCAUUCAUCAUUCGAUUCUCAAUCAAACCAUGGAAAUCGAAGAAAUACAAGAAGUCCAACUAGAAGAACCAUCUCCAUUACCAGUAGUAGUAAAAGAGCCUCCCAUGAUACACCGCCUCGAUGAGUCGGUGGUGAACCGAAUCGCCGCCGGUGAAGUGAUCCAGCGGCCUGUCUCCGCCGUCAAAGAACUCAUCGAGAACAGCCUCGACGCCGACUCCACCUCCAUCAACGUCGUCGUCAAGGACGGCGGUCUUAAACUCAUUCAAGUCUCCGACGACGGCCACGGCAUCCGAUAUGAGGACUUGCCAAUACUAUGCGAGAGGCACACGACAUCCAAGUUGUGUAAGUUUGAAGAUUUGCAAUCGAUUAAGUCGAUGGGUUUCAGAGGUGAGGCCCUGGCUAGCAUGACCUAUGUUGGUCACGUUACCGUCACCACCAUUACCAAAGGCCUAUUGCAUGGUUACAGGGUGUCAUACAGAGAUGGUGUAAUGGAGCAUGAGCCCAAAGCUUGCGCUGCUGUAAAGGGGACACAGAUAAUGAUUGAGAAUUUGUUUUAUAACAUGACUGCUCGGAGAAAAACACUUCAGAACUCUGCUGAUGAUUACCCAAAAAUAGUAGACUUAUUAAGCCGGUUUGCCAUUCAUCACAUAAAUGUGAGCUUCUCUUGUAGAAAGUGCAAUCCAAUGUGGUUUUCUCAAGAGUACGGGAUUGACUAUGAGGUAAGCCUUUUGAAUCAGGAAGUUGUUAUUGAGAAGAUACAAUCUGCAGUGGAGUCAAAAUUGAGAAACUCCAAUGAGGCAAGGACAUUUCAAGAACAGGUGGUAGAUCCCUCUCCGUCUAGUUCUAUGCUUAGGAGCAAAGAUUCCCCAAUUAAUCCCUCAGCUUCUGGGACAAAAUUGCAAAAAGUUCCAGUCCACAAAAUGGUACGAACAGAUUCACUGGAUCCUGCAGGGAGGUUGCAUGCCUACUUGCAAGUUAAACCUCCUAGCCAUCAUGAAAAUAAUUCCAGUUUGACAUCUGUGAGGUCUUCUAUCCGACAAAGGAGGAACCCAAAGGAAGCUGCCGAUCUAACUAGUAUUCAGGAGCUUAUUGAUGACAUUGAUAACAAAUGCCAUUCUGCUCUGCUGGACAUUGUAAGACACUGCACCUAUAUUGGGAUGGCAGACGAUGUGUUUGCUCUGCUUCAGCAUAAUACUCACUUAUUUCUUGCCAAUAUGGUGACUUUGAGCAAAGAGCUCAUGUAUCAGCAAGUCCUACGUCGGUUUGCUCAUUUUAAUGCAAUACAACUAAGUGACCCAGCCCCACUGCCUGAGUUGAUUAUGCUGGCACUGAAAGAGGAGGAUGUAGACCCAGAAUGCAAUGAAAAGGAUGAACUGAAAGAAAAGAUUGCAGAAAUGAACACAGAGCUGCUCAAGAAUAAAUCUGAGAUGCUAGAGGAAUAUUUUUGCAUCUAUGUUGAUUCACAAGGUAACUUGUCUAGGCUUCCUGUCAUACUUGACCAGUACACACCUGAUAUGGACCGGGUCCCAGAAUUUGUGCUUUGUUUGGGAAAUGAUGUAAGUUCUGAUAUCUAUUUUUUCUAACAUC